ACUAACUUUCAACUUUCUCUCGCUUCCCUCUCUGUAAGUGCAAUGAAGUUGCCGAGUUAGUGAGUUGUGAGCAUUUCUACGAUCGGGGAAUUAGGGUUUAGAUGAAGCAGUACCAAAAUGUCUGGUCAUCCUGAACCUGAAACAAGCGCGAGGAAGGAUCGCAAACUCAAUGAAGCAGUCAUGUUUUCAUGUGUGCCCUUUGGAACUCAUAACAGAUAUACUUCCACGAUUGCCUGUGAAGCCUCUGCUUCGUUUCAGAUGCGUAUCUAAGUCCUGGUUUGCCGAAAUUGAUGGCCUAGAUUUCGUCAAGAGUCAUGUGAGACGACCCAUUGAAAUCACUACCAAUCAUCAUCUCAUUCUCUCCGAAGCUGAUGUGGCGGAUGUGUACAACAGGACCUAUUACCCUCCAACUCGUAUGUUCUCAGCAAAUAUCGACAAGGGACUUGGUCAACCCCUAAAAGCCCUUAGCAACCCUCUGAAAUCUAUGAAACGGGUAACUGAAAUAUUAGGCUCAUGCAAUGCGUUGCUUUUAUUGCGAAACAAAGGUCAAGAUCUUGUACUUUGGAAUCCUUUUACCAGGAGGCAUAAAACGAUCCCCACUGAGCCCAUUGAUACUUAUACUGCACUUGAAAAUCGAGGUUCACCCAAAUAUGGAUUUGGAUAUGACAGCAUACAUAAUGACUACAAGGUUGUAAGAGUCAUCGAAUGCUUUUCUAAGGAUAGUGGGUGUACGGUAGCCUAUGAAAUAAAGGUAUAUAGUUUGACUAUGAAUUCUUGGAGAAGGGUUCAAGAUUUUCCUUGCCCUAAAGCAUACAUUCUUGAUCAACCUGGGCGAUUAGCCUGUGGUGCUUCACAUUGGUUGAUGUAUCUUUACGAUACUUAUGCCGAUGAUAUAAUUGCUUUUGAUUUUGGGAAGGAGGAGUUUCAGAUGUUGCCGUUGGCUUCUUUUACUGAAGUGUUUGACCAUAAUUGUCUAGCUGUCCUUCAAGGAUGUUUAUGUGUGUACUCAGUUCUGGCUACAAUUCAGGUUACACUAUAUCUUAUGAAGCCAUAUGGGGUGAAAAAUGAGGAUUGGACCAAGGUGUUGACUUUUAUGCAAGAUGCUAUUCCUAGGGAUUUUUUUGAAUACGUUAGGCCUUUGAUGUAUUCAAAGAGCGGUGAUAAAUUACUCUUUGAGGAGACCUUCCAAAGAUUUCUUUGGUAUGACUUGGAAGAUAAAAAAGGUUUCGAGAUUGAGAUAGGAAACAAGCCUCCUGCAUUCGUCAUAGAGGUUUGUUUGGAAAGUCUUGUUAUGCUAGGUGAAAACGAUAGUUUUGAUGGACAUAAUGAAUCUAAUAGUGAUGAUGAAUCUAACUGUGAUGAUGAAUCUAAUGGUGAUGAUGAAUCUCAUGAUUGA